GUGACGUAAACCAAGAUGAACUGCAGCGAUCAAGAAGACAUUUACCAGCUGGGCGACAAUGAGACAACCAACCAGCUGAUCGAUCAGCUGAUCAGGGAGUUCAGCAAAUCUCAGCUGAGGUACACCGAACCUCGCCACAUCGUGCUGAUAUCCUGCUAUCUGCCGCUCUUCCUGAUAGCUGCUGCUGCUAACUCUCUUAUCAUCAUCGUCGUCUUCAAGUACCACUAUAUGCGCAGUGUGACCAACUACUUCUUGGUGAACCUGUCAGUAGCAGAUCUUCUGGUGACGUUUAUUUGUAUGCCGAUGGCUGUGGCUCAGUCCGUCACAGGGCUUUGGCUCUAUGGGGAGACUAUGUGCAAGCUGACGUCAUACUUACAAGGCGUGAGUGUUGGUGCGAGUGUAUUUACCAUCACCGCUAUGAGUAUCGACAGAUACCUUGCUAUCCGACACUCCAUGGCUUUCAGAAAGGUGUUCAACCGCAAAUCCACCAUAUUUAUGAUACUGUUCCUGUGGGUGGUGUCUCUGACUAUAUUCCUGCCUGUGCUGUGGGUCCGAGAGACAGAGUUGGUAGACCUGGGGGACGAUCCUCUCCUGUCAGCUGCUGUCAAGAAAUACAGCCUCACCUGGUGUAUAGAGGACUGGUCUCACCGCUCGAGGCGGGCCUAUGGAGUGUUGUGCUUCGUGCUGGUCUACCUGACGCCAGGGUGUGUGGUGAUCCUGGCCUACACACUGAUGGGUCGGAAACUCUGGGUGGUGCGACCACCGUUUGAUAAGGACGAUGGCAGCGCUAGCAAUCAGCAGGUUCGCCUCGUACGAGAAAGGAGAAGGGUGGCGCGUAUUCUGCUGCUACUCGCGAUUCUGUUCGCUCUCUGCUGGCUGCCCUACAACCUCCUGUCACUUCUCCUGGACCUUGAUCUGACGUUGCCGACCGUCGGCUUGCCUCAGGAGACGCUUAUGAAGCUGUUCCCCUUCACACUGCUGCUAGGACACGCUAACUCUGCCAUCAACCCUCUCCUGUAUUGCUUCAUGACUCGCAACUUCCGCCGCACAGUCCGGAGUCUCUUCUGCCAGACAGGCAUCUCUAGACCUCGCCCACGACAGAGGAUAAAAAAUCGCAGCGCCACGUCGUCGAGUGGAUACGCUUCCUACCACAGCCCUCAUCGGCGCUGCUACGUGCUCAGCCAGCCUCAGCGAACAACAGGCACGCAGCUGCGAACCCUACACCCGCUGUGACAGGGCCUGCCACCGUCUGAGACUUACCUGUGAGCGGGAGGCUCACAUACUACCACAUGAGUAAAUCAUGUGACCAAGGACUCAGAAGGAAGCCUGUGAUAGAACCAACCACCGUCUGAGACUUACCUGUGAGCGGGAGGCUCACGUACUACCACAUGAGUAAAUCAUGUGACCAAGGACACAGAAGGAAGCCUGUGAUAGAACCAACCACCG